GACUGAGAAUCCCCUCAAACCAGCAUGGUGCACUAGUGACAAAGAGCAGCACAAAAAGACAUUUCUGUAGAGGAGAGCAAGGAGAGGCUGGCUUCAAUAAUUCAGACAUUGUUUGGACAAGACCUGCCUAAAGCCACUUCUACUUUUCCCCUUUAGGACCAUUCUGGUCUCUCGAGUCUUGAUCUGUAAUAGGAUAUCGAUUUGCUUCCUGUGAAACUUGCGAACACUAAUGAGCGGGAGCAGCUCUUCUGCUUUUCGAUCGGAGCGCAGUUUCCAUCAGACCUCCUCAUCUUCAUCUUCGUCCUCAUCAACCCCACACAUGGAGAAAAACAGGGGACUGUUUGCAGAUGAUUUCGGAUCUUUCAUGUGCCCCAAGAAUGCAUUGGGUUUUCCAAGUCUGACUGGGACACCAGGAAAUAUCAAAACUCUUGGGGACACCUACCAGUUCACAGUAGAUGUCUGUGAUUUCUCUCCAGAAGACGUGAUUGUUACCACCUCCAACAACCAGAUCGAAGUUCGAGCAGAAAAGCUGGCCACUGAUGGCACGGUGAUGAACACUUUUACCCAUAAAUGCCAACUACCGGAGGAUGUGGACCCCACUACUGUGACGUCUUCCCUGGGGAUUGAGGGGGUGCUCACCAUCAAAGCUCAAAGGCAUCCGGCUAAACUCGAACACGCACAAACAUUUCGCACAGAAAUCAAAAUCUAGGGCUUAUUUACAUUCAGGAUUUUAUUGUGAUUCCUUGUAAAAGUUAUACGUAUUUCCUUUAUACUUAUCCCAGCUGCCCACAGUAGGUCUAUAAAUAAACUACAACAUGGAUUAUGCAACUUCAUCUCAUAAGAAAUUCCAAAGGAUUAAGCUGUAAGAAAAAAGAAAAAAAAAUUUUUAGAUUAUUUGGAUAUUGUAAUUGAAAUGACAAGAUACUAAAAAAAUAAGGGAUGAAGACUUUUUUUUUUCUUCUUCUAACUUUAGAAAGGUCACAUCUUUGUAGAAAUUAUCUGUAAAGACUGCUUAAGCCUGUGUGUGAAUACAUGUAUAUACUGUAUAAGUUGAGCUAGACUAUACAAAGUCACCACUGUUUGGAAUAAAAAGCGCAUUAAGACUGUGA